AUGACAUCGCCUAAUAGAACACAAAACAAGAUGCUACUCCCUGCUGUUGUCGAGAUGGAGGAGCCUCUCCUUGACACUCGAAAGGCUACCAACGAGGAUGAGAACAGCGAGAACAAGAAAGUUCGUUUACACGGGGCUGUGAUCGGUUUUCUCACCCAGCUCAUCAACAUUUCCGGAACUGCCGUUAUCACCUACCGAUGGGGUCCGAAUGCAGAUCUCUUUGCCGAACAUGCUAGUAUUUUGGACCAUGCGAUGCAUCUUUUCGUAUCGAUGGCGUCACAAGUCGACUUGUUUCUCUACUUGGUGAUGUGGUUGGGAUUGACUGCUGCCUUGACAGACAGGGGAAUUGAAAUGUGGCAACAAUUUCUAGGAGGACCUCAUUCGGCUCGAUCUAUCUUUGUCAUGGGGGUACAAUUUUAUGCUGGAGUCGUGAUUGGGUCUUUCUUGUCUUGGUUUUCUUUGGACUUUGCGUUGGGUCUACCAGCACCAGUUUACCCAAUGGUAUCUGUUCUAUUCUUUGGGCUGGUGAUUUCGUACUCCAUGGUCUGGUGUUUUGAUAUGGAAGAUAAUCCAGAUGAACGAGAAGACGCUUGUGUUUAG